ACUGCCCGGCGGUUUAUAGAAAGCCCGGCUCUUCGUCUGUUUAGUCCGCCCCAGUUGGUUGUCGUCUGCUUAUUGAUUCAGCGCGCGAGAGAGACGACAGAACCGUCUACCAGCAGUGAAAACGUUGUCCAGCACCAUACAGGCUCCCAACGCGAAGCAACUUUCGGACUCUCACUGCAGUAUGAAGCUGGUUUGGACGCUUGUUGUGAUGUGCGUGAUGUUGGACUUGGUCGUCACAGCCACUGGCGACCGCAGGGUGGAGCCACCCAUCCACUACGGAAAGAGACUACCCCAGAGAACCGUCAGGUCGAUUCUGUCUCGAAUGGCCGCCGGCUUCGGUAAACGAGGCUCGUCGCUAGACGCCGACAUGAAUACUGCAGCGAUAGAUGACAUCGUUUCAUUAGUGUAUAAAAAUCCAGCUGUUGCAAGAGCAAUUCUCAGGAAAUUUGUUGACGCCAAUGAUGACGGUGCAAUCAGCGAGUCUGAACUGUUUUUAUAAACAGAGGAAAACUGAAUGUGACAAAAUCCGCUCCAGUCCUGCCGUAACUCCGCUGCCUCAGCAUAUACUCGUACAAAACUCUCCAAAACUCUCUAAAAUUCUAUAGGAAUCUCCAUAAACAGUUGUUAUUACAAGUAUAUUCUAUAUCGCAUUUAGGAAAUUAAUGUUUUACAAUACAAUAAUAGUUCCUUCCUCGGUGUGUGUUGAUAAUAUUUAGACAAAUGUAUGUUCAGGGGAUCGAUCUCUCGCGAUCGGUCGGUUGACUAGUUUGUGCGCUGACGUUGAAUAAAUGUGUUAGCGGAGGAUACAGGGAAAGUAGGUAAACUGAUCGCGAGCUCUCGGUAGACUGGUGUGUUCGAUGACGUCGAUAGGAUACGAAGGAAGCCAGUCGAAUUGUUCGCGAGCGCUCGCCUUCUUGAACACGCCCGAGGUAUAUUUAAUUACAUACAAUCAGCAAGAUGAAACAAUUAAUAUUAAACUAAUGAAUCUGUGUGUUAAUUUGUUACAGUACGAGACUAUUGUAAUAAAACACGUGAGCUGGCUUUAUUAAACCGCAUAACCAACAGUA